UCAUUCAUCCAUAAUAAUGUCUUUAAAAGUGCAAAUACUGUAUCAGGUCAAAUACAUUUGGCAGCUGUAGUUGAGCUCAAUCUUUGGGAUGCUUCUCUUUCUUUACACACUCUUGCUUUUCAGUCUGCUUCAUGCAAAGGCAGGCAACGUUCCUUGCCGAAUGUUUGGAGACCCGAAGUACCCACUACUUUUCAGGAAUGGAGAUGUUAAUAUUGGGGCACUUUUUCCAAUCCACAGCAUAGAGACAUUACCUUCAUUUGAGUUUACACAAAAACCUCAGCUUCUAUCAUGCUCCAGUGUGAAUCUGAGAGAUUUUCGUCUGGCUCAAAUCAUGAUCUUUGCCAUUGAGGAGAUUAACAGAAGUAAAAGUUUACUCCCAAAUGUUUCUAUUGGCUACAAAAUUUAUGAUACCUGUAGUUCAAGAAUGUCAUCUAUGAGUGCAACUAUGGGACUGAUGAAUGGUCCAGAGUUUGUAGCAGGGGACGUAUGCAAUGGACAGUCUCCUAUACAUGCCAUUAUUGGAGAAACAGAGUCUUCUGCCACAGUGAUUCUGUCCAGAACUACAGGACCUUUUAAAAUUCCAGUGAUAAGUCAUGCAGCCUCUUGUGAAUGUCUUAGUAAUAGGAAAGAUUACCCCUCAUUCUUCAGGACUAUUGCUAGUGAUUACCAUCAAGGCAGAGCACUUGCUUACAUUGUCAAACACUUUGGCUGGACCUGGGUGGGAGCUGUGAACAGUGACAAUGACUAUGGAAACAAUGGAAUGGCAAUAUUUCUGAAUACAGCACAGAAGGAGGGGAUUUGUGUGGAGUACUCUGUGAAAUUCUAUCGAACAGAGGCAGAAAAACUCAAAAAAGUCGUAGACACAAUUAAAAAAAGCACUGCAAAAGUGAUUGUUGCAUUUAUUUCAUUUCUUGAGAUGGGCUUACUUAUCGAUCAGCUAAGUAUUCAGAACAUUACUGGCCUCCAAAUGGUCGGUGUGGAGGGGUGGAUAACUUCAAAGAGUUUAAUCACUCCAAAAACUUUUCGUGUGCUGGGAGGGUCACUGGGAUUUGCAGUGAGAAAAAUCUAUAUUGAAGGUUUUGCAGAUUAUGUUCUAAAAGCAUUCUGGGACACAGCUUUUCCAUGCUCACAGAGUCAGGGGAAUGAUUCUCAGGUUAAAUUAAAAUGCAGCAAAUAUCAAGAUCUACUUUCAUUGAAAAAUUACAAUGAAGAUGUGCCUGAACAUAGAUUUUCAAGCAAUGUCUAUAAAGCAGUUUAUGCUGUGGCUAAUUCACUACACAGUCUACUGAAGUGCAAAGAACCAGAAGGUUGUGAGAAAGACCUGAUAAUACAACCACAACAGGUGGUUGAGGCUCUGAAAAAGGUGAACUUCACCGUAAAGAUGGGAGAUCGUGUGUGGUUUGACAGCACUGGUGCCACAAUAGCCCAAUAUGAAGUUGUGAACUGGCAGCAGGACUCUGGUGGAUCAAUUCAGUUUAAACCAGUGGGAUACUAUGAUGCCUCACUACCCCCUGACCAGCACUUUGUGGUUAACACUGAAAACAUAAUCUGGGCUGGAGGAAAGCUGAAGAAGCCAAGUUCUGUGUGCAGUGAGAGCUGUCCUCCAGGCACUAGAAAGGCUGCGCUGAAAGGAAGACCUGUCUGCUGUUAUGACUGUAUUCCAUGUGCAGAAGGAGAAAUCAGCAAUGAGACAGAUUCAAAUAACUGCAAGCAGUGUCCAGGGGAAUACUGGUCUAAUGCUGAGAAAAAUAAAUGUGUGUUAAAGGCUGUAGAGUUUCUGUCAUUCACAGAAGUUAUGGGUGUAGUGCUAGUCUUUUUCUCACUGUUUGGAGUAGGAUUAACUGUGCUGGUGGCCAUCCUGUUUUACAGCAAGAAGGACACCCCCAUAGUCAAAGCCAACAACUCAGAGCUGAGUUUCCUGCUGCUCUUUUCAUUGACUCUGUGUUUCCUCUGUUCUAUUACUUUCAUUGGUCAGCCCACUGAGUGGUCCUGUAUGUUGCGUCACACAGCAUUUGGGAUCACUUUUGUCCUCUGUAUCUCCUGUGUUCUGGGGAAAACAAUAGUGGUGUUAAUGGCCUUCAAGGCCACAGUUCCAGGAAGUAAUAUCAUGAAAUGGUUUGGGCCUUCACAACAACGACUCAGUGUUCUUGCCUUUACACUUAUACAACUUCUAAUCUGUGUGCUAUGGCUGACAAUUUCUCCUCCGUUUCCCCAGAAAAAUACGAAAUAUUAUAAGGAAAAGAUCAUUCUCGAGUGCAGUCUAGGUUCUACUCUAGGUUUCUGGGCUGUUCUGGGUUAUAUUGGCCUACUGGCUGUUUUGUGUUUCAUUCUAGCUUUUCUGGCUCGCACGCUGCCUGAUAACUUCAAUGAAGCAAAAUUCAUCACAUUCAGUAUGCUAAUAUUCUGUGCCGUAUGGAUCACAUUUAUUCCAGCUUAUGUCAGUUCUCCUGGAAAAUUCACAGUAGCUGUGGAGAUAUUUGCUAUUUUAUUCUCAAGUGUUGGUUUACUAUUCUGCAUUUUUGCCCCUAAAUGUUAUAUCAUCUUGCUUAAGCCUGAACAAAAUACAAAGCAACAUAUGAUGGGAAAACAACAUCUAAGUUCAAUUGACAAAUAG